CGGACAGAAGGAAAUUACUUUUAUUUUGAAAACUAACCCUUUUGGUGGACAAAUACGUUUCCACAGUUUCUAACUUCCUAUGAUUGUAGCGUUGUUGUUAUUUUUACCCUAGUGCUCUAUCAACAAAUGUGGCUGGUGGAUUUGGAGUCAUGAGUGAAUUCAGGAUUCAUCAUGAUGUUAAUGAGCUGCUCGGCCUCUUGAAUGUUCGAGGAGAAGAUGGUGCGGAGGUUUACAUCGAUUUACUGCAGAAGAACAGGACACCAUAUGUCACCACUACAGUAUCUGCACACAGUGCAAAGGUUAAAAUCGCAGAGCACUCCAAAACACCUGAAGACUUCUUGAGGAAAUAUGAUGAAUUGAAGUCAAAGAAUGCACGUAACCUAGAUCCACUUGUGUAUCUCCUCUCCAAACUCACAGAGGAUAAAGAGACUUUGAAGUUCUUGCAGCAAAAUGCCAAGGAGAGAUCAGAGAUUUCUGCAAAUGCUACAUCAAGCAACACCACAUCUUACAGUAUUCCUGCAACCAGCAGCAAGAUGUCCAUGCAUGAACUGGAGGAGUUACGGAAAAAGCUGGGCAAUGUCACAGCAAGCUCCAAUGUGCCUCAGUCUUCUGAGGUCAUCCGUAAAAUGCUGAGAGACAGACAUAACAAGAAGAACCCCACUCAACCGAACCCUGUGUUUCCAAACUGGGUGUACGACCGUCUUGCCCUGAUAGGAGAUUUCAUCACUAGCCCCACCCCUGUUGGAGAGCCCGUCGUGGCUAUUGGUACGAUGCCACUGGCUGCACAGGAGCAAGCUCUGGUUGAAGACCUGCUGUAUGUGCUGAUUGGUGUGGAUGGGAGAGACAUCACUGCUCAGCCUGUGCUGGGUAGACAGAGCCGCUCCUUCAUAGUAGAUCCUUCCCUGGACAUGUCCAUCAAAGAGCUUGUCAACCGGAUAUUACCUGUCGCGUCUUGUUACUCCACUAUCACACGCUUCACUGAAGAGAAGUCAUCAUUUGAGUAUGGUCAAGUAAAUCACGCCCUGACUGCAGCCAUGAGGACCCUGAUGAAGGAAUAUCUCAUCCUGGUAACACAGCUGGAGCAUCUUCACAGACAGGGCACGCUCUCCCUGCAGAAGCUCUGGUUCUACAUACAGCCCACCAUGCGCACCAUGGAAAUCUUGGCCUCCAUCGCCACCUCUGUUGAUAAGGGUGAGUGUAUGGGUGGAUCAACGUUGAGUCUGCUUCAUGAUCGUACGUUCAAUUACACCGGAGACAGCCAGGCUCAAGAGCUCUGCCUCUAUCUAACCAAAGCAGCCAGCGUCCCGUACUUUGAAAUACUUGAGAAGUGGAUCUAUAGGGGCAUCAUUAAAGAUCCCUACAGAUCAAUACCGGAAUUUGAAUUGCGGUUGCAAACAGAAUGCAGAAUUGGAAUUGGAAUUUCUACAAAGAGCAGCGAAUUCAUGGUUGAGGAACAUGAGCUGCAAAAAGAGAAGAUUCAGGAGGACUAUAAUGAUAAAUACUGGGAUCAGAGAUACACUAUCAUCCAGCACAGGAUUCCUGCCUUUCUUCAGAAGAUGGCAGAUAAGAUAUUAAACACAGGGAAGUAUCUGAAUGUAGUGCGAGAGUGCGGCCGUGACGUCACCUGUCCAGAAGCCAAAGAAGUUCUUUACACUCUUAAAGAGAGAGCGUAUGUGGAGCAGAUUGAGAAAGCAUAUUAUUAUGCCAGUAAAGUUUUGCUUGACUUCCUGAUGGAGGAAAAGGAGCUUGUUUCACGCCUGAGGUCGAUCAAGCAUUACUUCUUAAUGGAUAAAGGAGACUUCUUUGUGCAUUUUAUGGAUCUGACGGAGGAGGAGUUGAAGAAGCCGGUUGAUGACAUCAUCCCACCACGGUUGGAGGCCCUGCUGGAGCUGGCUCUGAGGAUGAGCACUGCCAACACAGAUCCCUUCAAAGAUGAUUUAAAGAUUGACUUGAUGCCCCAUGAUGUCAUCACCCAGCUGUUGCGUGUUCUCGCCAUAGAUACCAAGCAAGAGAAAGCCAUAAUUAAUGCAGAACCCACAGAGGUGUCACUCAGUGGCUUAGAGGCUUUCUCCUUUGACUACAUUGUCAAGUGGCCCCUUUCACUUAUAAUUAACCGGAAAGCUCUUACGAGAUACCAGAUGCUGUUCAGGCACAUGUUUUACUGCAAGCAUGUGGAGAGGCUGCUGUGUAAUGUGUGGAUCAGCAAUAAAGCAGCUAAACAAUAUUCACUACACUCUGCUAAAUGGUUUGCUGCAGCGUUCGCAUUAAGACAGCGAAUGCUGAACUUUGUUCAGAACAUCCAGUACUACAUGAUGUUUGAGGUUAUGGAGCCCACAUGGCACAUCAUGGAGAACAACCUCAAGUCUGCGUCCAACAUUGAUGAUGUGCUGUGUCAUCACACCAGUUUCCUGGAUAACUGUCUGAAGGACUGUAUGCUAACCAACCCUGAGCUGCUCAGGAUCUUCUCCAAACUCAUGUCUGUGUGUGUCAUGUUCACCAACUGCAUGCAGCGGUUCACUCAGAGCAUGAGGAUAGACAGUGAGAUGAAACAUCUAACUCUCGGGCAUGGCACCAUGGAGGGUUCUUUAGCUCAGAGCAAACGAACUGAAGAGGUAGAGAAAAAAAGACUGGCCUCUAAAUUUUUGGCUGAGCACUUAGAUGCCCUGCAGUCUGACUCAGGGUUUGAGGGGACCAUCAGCAAGUUUGACAGCAACUUUAGCACCUUAUUGCUGGAUCUUUUGGAUAAGGUCAGCAUUUAUAGCACCAACGAUUGUGAACACAGCAUGAUCAACAUCAUCUACAGGCUGGACUUUAAUGGGUUCUACACAGAGAGACUGGAGCGAAUGGCCAUUGAGAGGAGCCAGAAGUCUACUGCAUAGCAUUAUCAAGCAUAAAGAACGUCAAGGACAUCAGAAAUAAAGAAAUGGUGUUUUUCAAGUGUACAGUGUGGUUGCCUUUGCAUAUGUUAUACUGCUAUGUGCUGCUGUAACAAAGGAUUCAUUGCUUCGUAACUAAAUAAAACCUUGUCUUGUUUGAACAGUUCCUCUUACCCAUUGAAAUGUAUUUAAUGUUCUUGUUAAACUAUAAUUCGAAUAAAAUAUAAAAGGGAAAAUUUAGUUGUUUUUUUUUUUUAAUUUGGUUUCCCUUUCUCUGCUUCUUACUCUAAACACAAUUGUGUUACUUUCUUAAACUUUAAAACCUUAAUGUGAUAAUAGUUGAGUAGAUUAAGCUUUUAUCCAAUGACUUACAGGACACUUAUUACAUGGAUAAUUAUAGUUUUUGUAUAUUUAUACAUUAUAGUGUGUCUUUUUACAGAAGUUUCUUUGUCCUAUCAGUAAUUGGUACCCCAGAACUGGUGUAAUGAUAUUUUGAUCCAUUGUAUACUGGAAUAUGGCUGGAAAGACAAUAAACUAAAUUAAACC